ACGCGCCCUAAAGCGCUGCCGACUUCGUUUCCCUCGCUGUUCUUCUCCAGUUCUCCAGCAAUGGCGCUGUUCCCCCAGCGGAAGUAGGAGCCGCUUCAAGCCCGUCCGAGUCCUUCAGUGAUGGCGGCGCACGCGGCGACCGGCGCGAAAACGGCUACCAACGAUGUGAGCCACAAGCGGAGGAAGGGCCCCGGUGCGCUCGCCACCGUCUACCUUGUCAUUUACAACGUGGUUAUGACGGCUGGGUGGCUGGUCAUAGCUGUGGGGCUGGUUCGUUCAUAUUUGGCCAAAGGUAGCUACCAUGGGCUUUACUACUCAAUAGAGAAGCCUCUGAAGUUCUUCCAGACUGGUGCGGUGUUGGAGAUAUUGCACUGUGCUGUGGGAAUCGUGCCCUCGUCCGUGGUGCUCACAGGGUUCCAGGUUAUGUCUCGAGUGUUUCUCACCUGGGCAGUGACCCACAGCGUCAGAGAGGUUCAGAACGAAGACAGCGUCCUGCUCUUCGUGGUGGCCUGGACCAUAACAGAGAUUAUCCGUUACUCCUUCUACACAUUCAGCCUCUUGAACCACCUGCCAUACCUCAUUAAAUGGGCCAGGUACACCCUCUUCAUCGUGCUCUAUCCCAUGGGCGUUACAGGGGAGCUUCUCACAAUCUACUCAGCUCUGCCUUAUGUUCAGAAGACUGGCCUUUAUUCCAUCACCCUGCCCAACAAGUAUAACUUCUCUUUUGACUACCACACCUUCCUCAUCCUCACCAUGAUCUCCUACAUCCCUUUGUUUCCCCAGCUGUACUUCCACAUGAUGCGUCAGAGGAAGAAAGUGCUUGGACACCUGGAGGAGCACAGCAAAAACGAGUAGAAGCAUGGGAAAGGGCCCGAUCCAGAGCAGGAACAGAUCUCACGAUAUCAGCGUAACCUGACCAAAUGCAUUCUCUCUAAAAGAGCCCAACUUUUAACUGGAAUCAUUGCCAAAUGCACUACUGUAUAUGAAUUCUGUCAAGACAGUAAGCUCUCUUCCCUUUGUGCUAAAUUUGUGAUAGAAAUGAUGUAACUUGUUAUCCAGAAAUGGCAGAUGCUAUCAGAAUGUUUACCGUAUUAAAUUUGUAUUACACUAAUACUGUUGCACUGAGUCAAUUUGAUAGGGGUUGAGUUGUUGGUUUUUAUGGUAUGUAAUUUAAAAACAUUCAGUACUGAGAGGUAAACGGUUAAAUUUCAUGCUCUUGGUGUUAUGAGGGGAGAAAGCUAAUCAUGCCCAUUACAGUAUCGGCAUCUCGGAGCAUUCCAACAAUUAUUUUAAUAUUUCUCAUCACUCUGCACGAAUAUGAAUAAAACUGGGCUACCUCUUUUUGCUUCUCCACAAGAAAUUCAUUUUAGGGAUAAGUACUUUUUUCCUUCAAAUAGUGUCUUAAUUUUUGUAAUUACCGUAGCCACAUUUUUCCAGUGUGUAGCUCCAUCUCAGAUUAGGGUCUCAGUAAUUUGUGUACAGUUUGAAUUGUCUGUCCUGUAUAUCUGGCUGAUCUGUUUGACCAUUUUACCAUCUCUAUACCUAUUGUACUGGUGGCAUUACAUAAGGCAGCCCCCCAAGUGCAAAAAAUAAUGCAACAGUUUUUCAAAACAUUCAUAAUUUUUGUAACAUGCUAGUUUUCUCUGAAGUUCAGUUAAUAAAAUGUUGGCCCUGCAUGGCCAGGAAGCACUGCACACAGUUCCAUCUGAACUGGAUUUCUAGCCUACAGUUAUGGGAUUAUUUCCAUUGACUGGAAAUCACACUGUGUGUACUGGGUAUUUUGUGUAUGUACUGCCAUUACUCCUUGGGAAGGGCUACCUUUUGAAACACUGCGGUUGUUCACAGUACUAGUAUAGAGUUGACCUGGUAAAGUCUACCAGUUUUUAUGGAGUAGUUUAUCCAUACAAUUUUUUUUUUUUAAAUGGAAAGUUGAGUUUUUGUUGUGUUUAGCAAACUCCAUGUACAUUUUACUCAGAAUACAGAGCUGCCUGCUGUAGUUCACACCAGAAUUUUGACAUUUGUCUUUGGGAGUUUGUCCAGAAACGUCGGCAUGGACAGCGACUGGAAUCGGAAUGUGUUUAAAGUGUGACGUUGCAUGCAAACAGUGAAUGGAGCCCUUGGCUCCCCAGUGUCAGCCUUGUAACACUUGUGCAUGGGAUCAUUUCCUUGACGGUGUGUGUGACACGACUUUGUACAAUAUAGCAACCGAUAUGACAAGUAUAUAUUUCCAAUAAAUGCUGAAUGUGGGAAGAAAAAACAA